AGUAUCGUUUUCUCUUAUUGGAAGUCAACCCUCAAUCUGCUGGCCCACGUGCUCAGCAGCCACUCUGUCUCUUACUGCCAGGUCGACGGGGAUACCAGCUACGCAGAUCGUUCCACCCGACUGCAAAUGUUUAAAGAGAACGAUUCGUUACAAGUCCUUCUCUUGACCAUGGAGACCGGCGCCGUAGGAUUGAACCUCACAGUGGCGAGCCGCAUUCACAUUGUUGAGCCGCAAUGGAACCCAUCAGUCGAAGAACAAGCAAUUGCUCGUGCAGUACGCAUGGGCCAAAAGAGGGAAGUUGUGAUUUUCCGAUAUGUACUUCAGAACACUGUCGAACAGGUGAGC